CGAAGUCUUCCGUACUCUGUCCCCUCCCCUUCUCGAGUGUGUUCGGUGAUGGCGGACGACAAGCCUCGUCCAUCCAAGAGACGCAGAACUGAUACAUCGGCUGCUACUGGACCCGACAGCGCCGAACCGUCAUCCGCACCUCUCAGGCCGCUCCCACCCGCCGUGCUCCUUGUGUCACUGCCCGCGCUUUUGGCCCAUCCACCUAAUCACAAAUAUUAUAUCCCAUCACUAGUCCUAUCUCUCACUGCUUUGAGGAAAUGCUUGACGCUGCAAGGAUUGUCGCCCGAGAUCGAGUGUCGUGCUUGGACAGGCCUGGCGGAGGUCGGCAUGAAGGUGAUUAGUGGUGGACUAAGCCAGGAUGAAGGCCAUCCGUGGGCGCAAGGAAUUGAGGCUGAGGUAGAGAAAGCUAUGAGCAGAGGUUCCAUCAUCGCACAGAAGCAUCCAUCCCUCCGCCCGUUCAAGCUGCAUCUUUCCCUGCUUCAGGCGCAGCUCUCUCAAUGGCAACGCAAAGUCAAGUUCGCUCGAAAUCAGCUCCGUAAGCUUCUCAAGUCCUUCUUGCCCGGUGACCCGCCGCAUGCCAUCUACUCCGUCCAUCUCGCAUACAUCAAUCUACUCGUUAGUCCCUCAUCAACCCGCACUCCCAAUUCGUCAUCUGCGCCAUCUUCUCCACCCGCGCCUAGCCCACAAGACGUACAUGCAGCUCUGAGCGCUGCGGAAGAUAUGGCCGGUGUAGCGAACAGCAAAGGACACAAAGGUGUAGUCCUUCUCUCACACGUACUGCGUCUCCGCAUCCUCGUCGCCGCAAAUAUGUGGGCCGACGUGCCAGAAGCACUGCAAGUAGCUGAGAAGGUACUGGGACUAUCUUAUCAACCCAGUGACACACCGAAGCCUCGGAAGCCUGGAGGUCAAGACGAGUUCAUCUCGUUCGAGGACAGCUUCGAAGGGGCUAUGGUGAUACACUUGCUCAUAAUCGCCGUCGUAUUCUACACGCACAUUGGGAAAGCAGCGGAGGCAUCGCCGAGGCUCUCCCAUCUUCAUGCGUUGAUGGAUUCUGGGGUGCUGGACAAGUUCCCGGAUGGCACGGUCGAGAUAAGGAUGCCCAAGUCCGCCCCCGUCGUCUUGCAAGUGACGCAUCCCCGUAUCCUCUUUCUCCUCACCUUUCUCGCAAGCGCAACUUCCAAGCGCGAUCCAGUCGGGAGAAAGCCGAAGCGCAAAGUCUUCGCCCAAGCAGGCCUGGAUGCAUGGGAUACCGUGCAUGAUAGCGAGAUUACAUUCGCUCUUUGGGCAGGAAUAGGCGACGUGGAAGAGGUCGAGCAACGUUUAGCAAGGAUUCGCGCAGACUUGCUAUGUGAGCUGAUCGCUUUAUCAAUCAUGCGUAGCGAAUUCGGUGCUGCAGAAGAGAACCUCAACGCCCUCAUCGCGCAUACACGCACUUACGACAUCUUCCCACUGUUUGCUGCUCGCAUCGCACUUCAUCAUGGCCAUCUCGCCCACGCCCUCGGUCGUUCCACGCGUGCCUCCCAAUGCUAUCACGCAGCGGCUUGCCACUCCGAGCCCGGUGAUUUCGUGUACGUAGCCGCUCGUGCGAGUAACUUUGCGCUCCGGCUCGGACUCGAACAACGUGGGCGUGGUGCAUUGGACGAGGAUCAAGAUGAGGAUGCGUCCGCGUACGAUCGAGACAUGGUGGAUGAGGGUAUGAGUAUCGCGCAGGAAUGUAAGGGCAUGGGCGGUACACUAGAAGCGGUCGGGCAGGUUCUGCUGGCGUGCCUAUCUCCGGAAAUCCUUGUGGCUAAGCAACACCUUAAGGGGGCUCUGAACUUAGCGACGAUAGCACGGGACAACCAUCUGCGAGCACUGAUACUCGCGUUGAUCGCCUCACACUACUUCCACACCGCCGGUGAUCAUGCUCUCGAGAUGUUGCAAACUUGUGAACAGCUUGCCGCCGGGCUCGGCGCGCCCGCCGACAAGUCGAAACUUGAUCCAAACUCCAAGGACACCGUCGCGCCCGUAGGAAACGCACCUUUGGGGUUGUGGGUCGGGGAACGUUUCCUAGAACUGUUUAGGAGAGCAGGGAAGGACGCUCGCGUGCACAAACAGCUGGUACGCAACGAGCAGCUUGCCAAGGCAGUGGAAGACCUCGCACGUCGCGGGGCGGAAGACCAUGAAUUCGCGAAGACCACCCCCUAGCUUACCGCGGGCGUUGACCCGCCGCCUGUUGUCCAUCUUGGUGUCCGUUUUCUCACUAGAAGCCACAACCUCUCGUAAUUUCUUUCGGCGUGAUCAUCGACAACUCGCUCUCGUGCUUUGUAUGUUUAUUAGCUUUGCUAUCGUCUACCGUAUUUGUCCCUGUAUCCAUAGCUUUAACCUACUCGAAAUCAUUCAGGACUCGCGAAUUGGCUGU